CCGAGCCGGAGCCGAGCCCUCCCGCCGCCGCCGCCGCCAUGGGCCAGAACGACCUGAUGGGCACCGCCGAGGACUUCGCGGACCAGUUUCUUCGAGUCACGAAGCAGUACCUCCCGCAUGUGGCACGCCUGUGUCUUAUUAGCACCUUCCUGGAAGAUGGCAUCCGAAUGUGGUUCCAGUGGAGUGAACAGAGAGACUAUAUUGAUGCAACCUGGAACUGUGGCUAUAUCCUCGCCUCCAUCUUUGUGUUCCUAAACUUGCUUGGGCAAUUGACUGGCUGUAUCUUGGUAUUGAGCAGAAACUUUGUACAGUAUGCCUGCUUUGGACUCUUUGGAAUUAUAGCAUUACAGACGAUUGCGUACAGCAUUUUAUGGGACCUCAAAUUUUUGAUGAGGAACCUGGCCUUAGGAGGAGGAUUGCUGCUGCUCUUGGCUGAGUCCCGAUCUGAAGGGAAAAGCAUGUUUGCAGGGGUCCCAACCAUGCGAGAGAGCUCACCCAAACAGUACAUGCAGCUUGGUGGGAGGGUGUUGCUGGUCCUGAUGUUCAUGACCCUUCUUCACUUUGAUGCCAGCUUCUUUUCUAUUCUUCAGAACAUCGUGGGCACUGCUUUGAUCAUUUUAGUGGCCAUUGGUUUCAAAACCAAGCUAGCUGCCUUGACUCUGGUCAUCUGGUUGUUUGGCAUCAAUGUCUAUUUCAACGCUUUCUGGACCGUCCCAGUCUAUAAGCCCAUGCAUGACUUCCUCAAGUAUGACUUCUUCCAAACCAUGUCAGUGAUUGGAGGCUUGCUUCUUGUGGUUGCCUUGGGCCCUGGUGGUGUCUCCAUGGAUGAGAAGAAGAAGGAGUGGUAACAGCCCCCUAUGUCCCUGCCCUGUGAAAAACCGGUGGCUAUCAAGGACAGUGUGGAUUCAACAAAACUGCCAGCAUUUGCGUACCUGACUCCCUUCCCCUGGUAAAGGCACAGAUGUUUUGAGAACUUUAUUUACAGUGACACAAUCUGAAAUUGAUGGUUAAAUCUGCUUUGGAGGCAUGCUCAGUCCCAAAUUUUAGUGUUUUUUUUUUAGGCUGACCAGCCUGAACAGUUAAUAUAUCACCCUUUAGCCAAGGGCUCUUGAAAUUCAUCUGCAUGGGCAGCUUGGCUGAUCCUGGCCUUUGUUUAUGUUUUUUUUUUUUUUUUGGGGGGGGGAGGAGAGAUGAACCUUCAAGUUGUACUGUGAGCAGAUACACAACUGUAUCAUUCAAUGUGGUGGUCUCUGUUUUUUUGUUUACAUUUUUAGCUAGUACUAACUGAUUUGAGAUGCCCUGGCCAAACAUUACAUUAUUUUAAAACUUCCUUAUAAAAAACAAUUCUCUCCUAUAGUGGCUUUAAUAUUAUUUUUCACGUUUUGUAGGAAAAGUGAUUUAAAAUAAGACAAACAGAAGCCCAAAGAAAUACAGUAUUAACACUCUACUAGAACUGACACAGUGGGGCCCCCAUUAGGCAGCCAUGUAAAGGGUAGCAAAAAGACACAUCAGCACAGCUCUUUGGACUGGUCUAAGUCUUGUACAGACAGUGUUUCCCCCACAUCACUAAAGUUGCACUGAUUUAGCUUUGGUGGCUUAAGAUAGUGAAAGAGAGCCUGUUGAAGACUUUGUUUUAGGCAUUGACUGCAGUAAGGCACCAUGGCCUUUUGGAAUAUAAGAGCAGGGCAGUUGCCCCCAAUGGGUUCAUGGGCAGUGAACCAGACCUCAUUGAUACAUUUGACGUGGUAGGUUGAGGGUGCUAUUGGAAUGUAGCAUCUCAGGUAGGAUGAUAGUGGCUUUUUCUAAAAGCUUUCCUCCUAGCACCAUUUGGAGGUGGGGGAAAGUUAGGCUUUCAAACCAAUGCCUCCCAUUCUUUUCUCACAGAACAAGAUCUUAGCAUACUGUGAAGCCCUGUUUGGGGUUCUGAAUGGGUUUUAAGCAGCUCCCAUCACCAGACUUUUCCUUUUGUUAAGGGAUUUUUCCCAGGCUAUGGCCAGGAACUGGGUUUUAUCCCAGGGUCUACCAUUUCAGGAGGCUGUUGCUUUGUUGUUCAAUUUUUGAUUUUUUUUCCUUUUGCUACACUGUAUACAGCCAAAUUGAAUUUUUAAAAAAGUGUGAUGCCUUACUGAUUUGAUCUUGAUCCUGUAUUUAAAGUUUUCUAACAUUGCCUUAUGCUGUGUUUCUCUUUUUGGGGGGGCAGUAUAUUAGUUGUUGCAAUCCUAUAUUUAAAAUCCCUGUUUUAUAUUGUAGUAUAAAGCUACAGAGGGAUAGUUAAAACCUCUCUUGCAGUGCCUCCCCCAUUCCUUAGAUCCUUUCUGUGCAGCCAAAUUGAUGUUACUCUGGUGACAGUGGGCUAAGUGGCUCCUUUUUGAUCUUGAGGGGAUAUUUAAUACUGGAAAUUUAGUUCCACUUGGGAGCUUCCAGGAUCAUAGCAUCCUGAACUUUUUCAGAUAGUAGUUCUUUUCCUACUAUAAGCCCUUCCCUGUAAUGCAGGUGUAUAAGGCAGGGCCUGUCAACUAUCUUUGGUCCAAGACUCCCAAGUCUACACUUUAUUUAUGCCUCUCCCUUCUACUUAUUAAUGGGACUGUUUUAGACAAUUGGAAAUUGCAAAGGAUGAAGAAUGGAAACUUUUUUCUAAUUACUUGUACCUAAGGAGAAGGGGUAGAAUUUCUGCUUGCUAUUUCUCAAAGUAUUAUGUCAGUCUCUGACAGUUUUCCUCUCUAGUCUCUCACUGCACGCCAGACCCACGGUGUAGUUGGGAGGAUUUUGUCCCUACCAAGCCAGCUAGCAAAACAGUGACCUCCUCCCUGUUUCCUCAAGUAUUUGUAAGAUUAAACUAAUAAGUUCAAUAUUCUCUUGAUUAUCGAGAUACUCAUUUAAGAAAGGGUGGUUUGUAAACAGUGUUUUAGCCAAAGAAAGGCAGUUGUUUUGGUUCUAGGUCCUGUUCAUUCCCCUCUUACUAAUGCCAUCUAGCACAGCAAGCCCAUCAACUGCUACUCACAAGUUAGAUUUUUCUUUGUAAGCAACAUCUUCACCAAGGCAGCCUGUUUCCUUUAGGCCUACUCUUCCACAGACUGGCUUUUUACUGGUGGAGAAGUGGGGCUGACUUGAGCACCUGAAACAGUGCUGCCUUCAGUGAACCUUCCCCAUGAUCACAGCAUCCCUUUGGCUCUGCUGCUUCUCUUUUCCACCCCAUGAUUUUAGUGGUCCAGAGUCUGGGGCAGGGACAGAAACUUGUAUUUACCAACAAUUGGCUUUGGCAAAAGUGUUCUGAAGUUGUUUUUUUUUUUUUUGCUUCAUGUGGGAAAGAAUAGAUAUAAAUCUCAUUUUAUGCUGUAUUUUAUAUCUUAGUUGUAUUUGAAAAUGUUUUGAUUUUUGGAAACAAACAUCAAAAUAAAAUAAUGGCAUUUGUUGUA